GUCUCAAAUGGUCCGAUCGGUACCCACCUAACGCCCAUCGGCGGCCAUCCUGCAGCUGUGGCGUCGCCUCAAUCGCAGCAACCCGGUGUGCCGUCGCCCCAGCAACCGCAGCCACCUGCGUCACCACAGACGGCCGGCCUGAGCAGUAAGCCGCUCCUACCGACGGCCUCCGCUAAGAUUCCGGCGACGCUAAGUACAACGACUGCGACGACGACGGUAACCACGGCAAUGUCAUCAUCGCAGCAACCCGGCAAGCAAGGGUCUCCUCAUCCUCAGUCGCCGCUGCAGCCGAUCGGAUCGGUUCCGUCGCCUGCUAUGCAGCAACAACCGCACACGCCGCAAUCUCAGCCGCCGCCGUCGCCGCAACAAACGCCUAUGCAGCAGCACAAUAGCAACAGCAACAGUAGUAGUAGUAACAGCGGCCCUGUGAAGCCCUCUUCCGUUCCGAGUUUUAUCGGAGCGGGGUCGUCCUUCGCAGCCGUUGCCACAACGGCGUCGGCGGCUUCCUUACCAAACGGACUGCCGCCGCCUACUAUACCAGCCAACGGUGGUCAGCCGCCACACACAAACUCGAGCAGCAACAGUGCAGCGCCAUCUUCACUGCCAGUGAACGUACCCCACACGCCACCGGCGGCGACGCCUGCAAGCGGACAAAGUCCCGCCAUCCAUCCAUCGGUGGAAAGCUCACUGGCUGCGUCGAACAGCAUCGGCCUGCGGACACACAGCCCUGCUGUGGCAACCAGUGCUGCCCUCUCGGCGGCUGUAACGCCAACAGGUCUACUCAACGGAUCUCAUGCCACCCAUCCGGGUAUCCCUCAUUCAGCCGCCAUGAUGUUACCGAACGGUCUCGGUAGUAUACCACCCCACUAUCGGGCGGCCUACCCCGGAUACCCUCUCUACGCCCCCUACGGUAGCUUUCAACACAAUCCGUAUCUACCGCCCUCGGUGGCGGCUCCAAAUCUAUCACCUCGAAUGCAUCCAGGCGCUCCUCCAGGCCUCGGCGGCAUACCACCGUCGAUGCUCGGUCUUGGCCUAAUGGACUCCCGAUUGCAGCACCCUCUGGCGGGCGCCAACGGUAGUCCUUCACACCUCCGCGACCGGGACGCCUCUCCAAUGGGUCAGCCACCCUCGAAAAUCGUGCGGCCCAUCACUCCGAACGCCAACAGCAACGGCAGCAAUAGUAACUCUUCGUCGGCCCCUUCGGCAACGGCGGCGGCACCCCCUCAUUCCUCGAGUGGUUCUGUGCCGCCACCGUCCUCCCACAUACCAUCCCCGCAUGGCGUUCCCCAUGGCGCUACCCCUCCAUCAUCACACCCAUCGCUGAGGGAUCAGCCGCCGUCGCAGCUAUCGCAUCCCUCGCUCGGCGGCUCAUCACAUCUCUUACCUCCUCAUCAUCCGGCGGCAGCGUCCCAACAGCAGCCGCCACCGCCGCCACUGUCAUCGCAUCCUCAACCACCAGCGUCGCAUUUAGUAGGACCAUCCUCGCAUCAUCCGCUGGUGGGGCCACUCCCGCCGGGAAUGCCGCACGGAAGCGCCCACCAUCUGUCAUCACACCUCCCGCCUACUAGCAGCAGCGCCGGCAGUAGUAAUAGCAAUAGUGCCCAUCUGUCGCAUCCCUCGAUCAGCGCCAGCGCGCGAACGCACUCUCCUAGGGGGCAUAGUCCCAACCGGGAAAGAGAUAGUUAUAGUAGUAACGUAAGUAGUUUAUCGCGAUCGACGCCAGGAUCUGCGCUACCGUACGGCAGCGGAGGCAGCAGCGCGAGUAGCGCCAGUACCGGUGGCCCUCCACCGGGUCCAUCACCAACGCUUCCUUAUAGUUCGGCUGGUCCACCUGCACUAUCCUCUCCGGCGGCGUUGUCCGUUUCGUCGGCGGCCUCGUCAGCCGUAUCUUCUAGUCUUACCUACCCUAAACCUUCGCUAGCUGCCGUGACGACCAGUGGCAGUAGUUCCAGUGUUAGCGCAAGCUUACCGGCCGGUCCUCCGGGUUGGCCGCCGACCCUACCACCUUCGGCCACCGCAGUGGGAGGACCAUCUUCCGCCGGGGCGCCACCGUCACACUCACCGGCUGCGGCCAGUUCCAUUGUAAAUAACAGUUCUUCCUCCCUGUCUCGACCAACUCCUCCCCCGCCUUCUGCCUCGUCCGGUGGACCGACGCCCAGUCAGCCGCCGACGUCGCAUUCCUCCGUACCCCCAUCAUCAUUCCCGGCGCCGCUGUUCGCAGCGCCAUUACCUCCUCCGGUCGUAUCCACGGCCAGCACUCCCUCGCAACCCACGGCGCCGCACCCGUUCUCGGCCGAAUCGUUAUUCUCCACAAAAGACCAAGACAUGCUGCGACGCGAGUUGGACAAUCGGUUUCUUGAUCGGAGUGGUCUCAGCACGGUUCCUGCGCCGCCCUACCUGCGCCAGGAGCUGCAUCACCAUCAGCAUCAGCACACCCAUCUGCAUCAGCAUCAACACCAGCAUCAGCACCAGCCAAUCCUUCCGACGGCUGCCGCUCCGACGCCAGCCCUCUUUCCACCGCCUCUCUUCAAGGACGUGCCCAAGAUCGGUGCCGUCGAUUCGCCCUUCUACCGGACGGGGCUCGGAAUACCCGGCUAUCCGUACGGUCCCGGACUGCUCCAUCCCGGCCUAAGCGGACCAACGCAAUUCGUACCACCGAGCCACCUGCAAUCGUUUGUGCCCAAGCAGCAGGCACCGCCGGUUGACCCGACCAAAAAGAAAACCGGCAAAUGGAACGCCAUGCACGUGCGGAUAGCGUGGGAGAUCUACCACCACCAGGCCAAGCAGAACCCGGACAAGGCGGCCUCGAUGAAGACGGCCACGGACAUGCUGCGGCCGCCGUCCCACAUGUACCCGCCGCCGGCGGCCAGUCUGGUGCGACCGCACGAUUUGCCCUCGUCCGCCUAUCCACCGACGGGGCUGCCGGGUCGGCCCGGACCGUACGAGUCGGCCCCGCUGCCGCCGAGCUUCAUCGGCUCGGCCGGUCAUUUAGGUGUCUCCCCCUUCGGUCGAUACGCUUCGCCGUACGGCGGGUCGCCCUUCAGUGGGCUGUCGCCGUUCUCGCGGGAAAUCCCGAUUGGAUCGCAGAUGGCCGGAUCGUUACACGACCCGUGGAGAAGUGCAAUACCACGCGGAGUGGCUGGGUAUCCGCCGGGGCCACCGCCGGGAGCAGGUGGUGCGUGGCCACCGACGAUCAAGCCGGACCCGAGCGUGGCAGCUGAAACGGCGCGGCGGGAGGCCGAGGAACGCGAACGGCAACGGGAGCGCGAUGAAAGGGAACGGGAACGGCAGAGGAGAGAACGGGAAGAGCGCGAGAAGCAGCGGGAACGAGAACGGGAAGAAAAGCUACGAAAAGAGCAGCAAGAGCGAGAGCGUGAGCGGGAACGUGAACGAGAGAGGGAGCGGGAACGAAAGGAGAAGGAACGACGAGAAAUGGAGAGGCGAGAGAUGGAACGGGAGAGGAUGUUGGUCCAACAGCAACGGGAAUCGAAGGCAGCCGCUGUGGCGAAUUCAAUGGUACGAGACAGGUCUCCCCUGAGGAACGGAACCGAACUGGACAUCCGGAUCAAGGAGGAACCUCAGGUUAGCAUGCGUAGCAAGGAGGAAGAGAUGAUGAUGCGAAGUCAGGCGGCAGUGGCUGCCGAUCCACGGUAUCAUCCCUCGAUGAUGCCGCAUCCGUACAUGACUGGCCGACAUCCGGCGCACUUGCUACCGACUGCCCAUCUUUCCCGAUCGAUUCUACCGCCCUCGAUGGGUAUUCCCUCGCAUUUCCCUCCGCCUGGUCCGUGGGGAGCGGAUCCCUUCCGGGACUAUCGGCUCGAAUCCCUGCACCAGCUUCGUUACAACCCCAUGGUAGACCUGUACCGGGCGGAGGAGGCCAAGGCCUCGCUUCUGUAUGCGGCCCAAUCAGCGCACUAUCGUGGCAAAGAACCAAGUCCUGUGCCACCACCCCAGUCACACCAUCGGAUGCAGCCGGGACCUCCAGGACCCGGAGGACCCCCGGGUGGUCCGCCCGGUAGUCUGAAACCUCCGUCAUCUCACCAGCUAGGUCCGCCAACCAACGGUCCCAUGCCUGGCGCACCUCCAGGAGGUCCCAGCGGACCACCACCUGGAGCGCCGGGAGGCCCCGUACCCGGAAUGCCCGGUGGCCCCGGAUCUCACCCCGUGUCGGUCGAUAUGCACAAAAAGGAAGACUCCUGCCAAUCGCGAUGAUAGUCAUCAUCAACGGCGUCCACAUCACUGAUCGUCAUCGAUGACGACGAUUGAGGGAGGGAGCAGCUGUCGCCACCAAACAAACAAAUACACUGAGAACAAUAUAGCAACCGAGAAAACGAAUCAAAAGAGCGAGAGGCGGGACCGAGAGCAUGUGAUGCACUGAUUGGACGGGAAGGGAGCCCAGUCCCCGGACGACGGUAAGAAAAGGAGAGGAAGCAAAAACAACAAAAGGUGAUAUUUUUAAAUUGUAAUUAGGACGUUAAAAAAACAAAACAAACAAACACACACAUACAAGAGCGUCGUUCGAAAAAUCGACGAAUCGACGUGUGAAUGGUGCAACAAAACACAUUUUUUCGAUCGAAGCAAGCGCGCGCGAAGAGAAAGAGAGAGAUAAACGGAAAUUAUUAGUGAGAUAUUUAAUAUAUAUACAAUAGACACGCGCAUUAUAUUUGACGGCAAAACUAACAAACACACACUCACACAGACACACGCAUACAUAUUUGUAGAAAUUGUGCAUUUUUUCCAAUUUAAUGGAAACCGACGCGAAUGUUGUUGUGUUAGGCGCGUGUGCGUGUAACAAUAGUAGUGGUUUUUUCAUCCCUCUUUCGCUGUAGUUGUUUAAGGCACAACACGCAAACCAACCAAGGGCGGGGUUGUGUGUGUGCAAGCACACACACGCACAAACCCGCCGGCAACUUCUGUACUAUACCAUACUUCUAAUUGUAAAUGUUAAGUAGUGAUAUUUGUAUAAAACAAAAGCCGGCAAACAAUGGAGCGCGCGCGUGGGUGACGGAGGAGGAGCUCGACGAUGAAAUUGUGCUACACAAACACGACAAAACAAAAUGGCGCCGUAGUAGUAUUUAUAUUUGUUUGAAAAACAAUAGAAAGUGUAUGGGGUGUGCAGCUCGUCGCUCAUUUUUUAAAUGGAUGGUAUUUUUUGUUUCAGUGUGUGGGGAAUUGGGGAGGUUUUUUGGAAUGCAAUUGGUAGAGUCGUGGUAAAAAGCAUGCGAUUGAAACGAAUAUGUGAUCUGUCAAUUAUCCUUUCAGUUUAUGUUUAGAUUUUCAUUUGAUGAAAUUUAUGUCCUGAAGGAGAAUAUCAAAACGUCGCCCCUUACCAUUUUUUGAAAAUUAUUGUCUUCUCAAUUGUGCUCAUUCUGCGAAUGGAGUGACGUGAGAAAAGUCGGAGGUGAGGAAUCCCGUCUCGAAUGAAGUGACUCGUGUAAAUCAAAUGGAGAGUCACCUCGAUAUACGACUCCGACUUUUCUCACGUCACUCCAUUCGCAGAAUGAGCACAAAUGCGAAUGCAGGGCUGCAUGAAGUCUCUCAAUUUCGCCAACUGCCCCUUUUGCGCCUCCCUUUUUCGACACGAGACAUUAUUGCCAGCUCCGGACGGAAUUUCAUCCGCCGCUUCGGCUUCUCUGUCUUUCGAGGCGAGAUUUUACGAUUUCCCUCAUGUCUGGUUCAAUCAGAUGCUAUCCGUCGGAAAACAGACUAUUUAUGAUUACCUUAAGCUUCAAUUGGUCCUUUCAGUUUCAACCGGCAGGAGAACAAACUCUUCCUUGUUUUUUUCUGUUGUUUCCCUCCUUGUUUUCGUUGAUCUUCACAAGGUGUGUAGCCGAAAAGAAUGUCACCACAUUUCCUUACAAAUAUCCGUUGAUCCUUAUUAUUCUUCUGCUUCAUCAAAUUGGUCUUCUUCUUGAUUCUUAAAAGUUACACUUCAAGAUUAUUCAGCAAAUGGGUUCUUCUCGUCACCAAUGUGGUACUCUCCGGUUUGACAAAAAAAAUGAUAACAAUUUUCACCAACGGCAUGGCCUACUCAGCUAUGGACCAAACUACCAUACACUACCCAACAGUUUUCUGUAUGAUUCCUUCUUUUUUAGUUAUUUACGCUUCAGUUAGAGUUCCCUCCAUCUGGAUAUAGUAUAGUAAUUGUAGACUCCAGAAUAAGAGAUUAACUGUUACAAUAAUAGUUUAUAAGGUGCUUCUUGUUUAGAGGUCUAACAACGAACAAUAGAAAAUUUCUUCUACGAAGUGUCACCUUAGCAUGGCCUACUGCUUUGCUACAUCUCCCCUUUUAGAACGGGGCCAACCAAGCUGAUAGCUUCCUAGACCAGAAUGUUCGCUCUGCUUCAGGAUUCACAGACUGUUCUUGGCCUUGAAUUGGCUGGACCUCUUGAUCAACUUCAUCGUUAGACUCGAUGCUAACUUGUGGUGGAGCAGGCUCAGGUAUGUCACAUCUUUGGUCUCCAUGAACUACAUCUCCUUCAAAAUUAGGAAAUUCUAUAUGCUCUUCGAGGAGUAUUUGCCGUGGUAAUUGAAUGGAUUGGCUUACGGAUGAUUCUUCAGUAUCAAAUCGGUAACGCAAUUGAUUUGUGUGUGACCGUACACGUUGUAGUUGACAGAUCCUUUUCGCUCUACAAUCCUUCCAGGGAUCCAUCCAUUUCUUGUUGCUUUUGUGAUACUCAGCAUAAACCAGAUCAUCAGGUUGAAACUCACGUUUUUUAGCUACAUGUUGCUUGUUGAACAGCAUGUUUCGCUUUUCGUUGCUCUGUUUCGGUAGGUUUCUUCAGAAGCACCAUGGUUGUGCGAGCUGGUCUACCAAGAAACAUCUGCGGCGGAGUUCUUGAUUGUGGAGUACAUUUCUUUGGUGUAUUGCGGUAUGCAAACAUAAAGGUUUGGAGAUGCUCAAAGAUGGUGUGUUCUCUCCUCCAGCUUCUUGAGUACGCGUUUCAAUGAAUACACAAACCGUUCAGCUUGACCAUUUGAUUGAGGAUGGAAUAGAGCUUUGCGCAUGUGAUGGAUUCCGUUCUCUUGAAAGAACUGCUGAAAUUGGUCACUUGUAAACUAUGUUACAUUAUCCGAAACUAGGGUUUCCGGAUUUCCGUAUCGGGCGAACGUUUCACGAAAGAUUCUAACGUUGCAGUAGUUGUUAUGUUGCACGUUCGGAAAAUGUCGGGCUAUUUGGAAUAGGCAUCCAAGAUCACCAGGUAAUGAUAUCCGUAGAUUGGGCCAGCCUAGUCUAUGUGGAUACGUUGCAUUGAUUUCGUGCACAUCGGUCAGGAUUCCAAAGCAGUUUUCGUCGGAGCUUUCGCUGCUUUAGCGCAGGAUCUGUAUUCACGUACAAACUGAUGAACAUCCUCGUCAAUGUUUGGCCAAUACACGUAGUUUCUCGCCAGAGACUUCAUGCGGUUCAUUCCGGGGCAUUGUAGACUCCAGAAUACGAGAUUGGCUGUUAUAAUAAUAGUUUAUUAGGUGCUUCUUCUUUGGAGGUCUAACAAUAGAUAAUAGAAUAUGCAUUCUUUUACAAAGUGUCACCUUAGCAUAGCGUACUGCUCUGCUGCGUAUAGCAAGGAUUGCAUAGGUUCCAAAAAGACUCUCCAGUCAUCGGAUGGUUGCUGGUCCCCGAGUCGAGUUCGAAUGCAAUGUAGCUGCUCUUUAGUUAUAGCCAUGGUGGCUACAUGACUCAUCAUUUAUUGUUUGUUUGCGACCACAUUUGCUGCUCAACCGAACUCCUAACGACAGCCCUUCUGGGAAUUUGUCAGGUUUACCCUGAACUUCAGUAGGUUCUUCGACUUAUCAUCGGAAAAAUCCGCUCCUUUGUUUUUUUUUUUUCUUGGCUGUUCAUAUCUUCCUCUAAUAACCGUUGUGCUUUGGGAUCAAUCUCUGCGUGUGCCUCCCAAGCAGGGCCAAAAACUGUAUGGUGUCGGCGAUAAAUGAGCGAAUGCCUGGAAUGACGGCUUUCAUCGCACGGAUUUCAUUCUGCAGCGAUGCGGUUUGGCACAGCCCCUUAUGCAUGUCAAUGGCCAAUAGCUUCUUUGAAUCAUCGUUCAUCUCGAUCUGUAGGCAGGCGUCAGAUAAGUCGAUAUAGAUAAGACUUCCAAGCAAGUGAGAGAAAAUCUCCUCAAGCUUCGAUAGAGGAUAGUUGUUCGCUUCCAACGAGUCGUUCAGUCCAGUCGAAUAGUCCACACAGAUGCGAACACGAUUAUUUCGCUAACAUCAGAGCUACUGGACUUCAUGUUGCAGAUCAAAUCGCAUGGCAACGACCACAAGCAGUUUCCAAGUUUGUUAGCAGAUUGAUCUCCGUGAUGUAACUUGCGUAGUCUAGCUGCAGCAACGUGAUGACGAAUCUUCACUUCUUGAAACGGUUUGCGAUGGGGUUAACCACAGCAACUCUUCGAGUUUGAGAGCUGUUAUCGUUGGACUGUUUCUGCUCCGGCUUCGCAAGUUUCUUGAUGCAGUCGCAGUAGCCAUCCUUGUGACCGAUGCGAUCAUAUGUAUUGCAGCGAUGGUCGGAAGACGGAGAGUCACGGACGAGACCGCAUUGCAGCAUGGUAUGGAUGUAAGUGACUUACCUUUCUCCUUUGGUGGACGAUGAGACUGGUGCUCCUCUUUCUCCGAGACCUCGUGGUCGACAUGCCUCGAACCUGAUUGUUUUUCGAUGAGCGUUGGGUUCGCCUUGAGAUUGACCAGUCGUUGGAACUCGUCAAUGCGCGUCGGGAAAGUAACCGGUGUGUCAGCCGUCUCACCCUCCGGGAUACGGGUAAACAGACGUGCCUGGACUACAGCGUAGCGUGGUAUCCUGAGACCACACACGAAUAUCAAGCACUUGAAGUAAUCAAUGUUCACUUUCUCGAACUCGAACUCCUUGCGAGCACUGUUUACCUUCCCAUCGUAGCUUACGAUAUCGUGGGCCUCGUUUUUCACCAGCUGCGGGAACAGGAAGCGCUUGUUGAAAACGGACGUCGGUGUGCCGAGAAUUUUCUUCAGCAAGGAAACCGUUUGGUCGAACUGGAUAUCCUUCGGAAGCCUGGACAGGAUGUAGUUCACGAAGGGGCUGUGUGAUGCCUGAUUCAGAUUUUGCAGAAGACUUACCUUGGCUGUGUCGUCAAGAUUUGAUGUUCGUGGAGAAGGAGCAUUAUCUCUUGGUUGAUCCCAGUAUGCAGGAAACGAAUUUGUCGCCAUUUUCGUUGAUAUACCAGCUUGAAACUCGUUGCGUAGAGAACUGUUGUCUUUAUUUUACCUCGUCGCCAAAAAUGUUGUGAUUUGGAAUCAGCUGGAACAGUAAAAAAACGUAGUUUAGACUAAUUGAAAACGAUCAAAUUUAUUUGCUUUGCAUAAAAGAGACUGUGUCAAGCUCACACAAAUGUAGCUUGCUGUGUUUAAAAAAAAAACGUGUUCCAAAAGACAACGGAAUUCAAAUUUGAAUUUUGCGAGGUGUGCUAUGAUCAGACGCAAUUCUUACUCCAACUAUGUUCAUCAACCGAACUGAGAAUGUGGACGAAUCGGUUCCCCUUACUUCAUCAUCAGCCGAUUGUUUUCUGGUAAGAUGCUGCUAUAGGAUUGUUUUGAUUGCAGACCUAGUUGCAGACGUCGCCGUCUCCUUCCGAAUAAAUAACUUCCAAACAUUCGUUGGUCAGAAAACUUACAAAGAUGGCGUUCGACCCGCUCUACAAGCUCAUGAGCAUCUUCACCGGGAUACUCCUGUGCUAGAAAUUGGGUCCAUCUUCAAGCUGCCAAACUCCCGUUGCAGUGUUCGUCGUGGAGCCCACUUUUUUAUGCAGUUGAUUUUACGUUUGACCUACUACGAUUGCAAUUGGACUUCUGAAAGCAAUUAUUGUACGAAUUCCUUUCAGAAGUACUGAAAAUCAAAAGAUCUAACGUCUGACAUGUGUCGUUUGACAGUUGAAAGUCACGUUAAACUCGCGAACUAAUUACCUGCUGCACUGAUCGUAAAGCUGAGACGCAUUAUCUGAGCUUAUGGUUCAAACAACUUUUGACAUUCUCCAACAUUUAGAUUUUUUUUCCUUAUUAAUUUUCAACAUUUAAAGCACAAUCCAAAGCCAGAAUGACCCCGGUGUACAAACACAAAAUUUUACAAUCGAAUAUGCCUGUAGAUGUGCGAGCAUGCCAACACACAAACACUCUCACACCCUUAAGCCGACCAAAGGGUGCCUCGAACAAAACCGAAAACAAUAUUUCCUAGUUGUGUUGUUUGUCUCUGUGUCUGUCCGAGUUAGUCACCUAUCACACCCAUCCGCCAUCUUGUUCGGUUGUUUUCAUUGUUUCAUUUCGUUCGCAUUCAUUUUCCACCUUUUUUUCAUCAUUCACUCACGACUCACACACACAAACGCAUCCCAUCUUGAAGAGCGCAAAACCCCCCCAUCCAAAAACAACGGGAAUCUCAUUAGAAACAAAGGCGGCGCCAAGCAAGCCCCUGCUGUCAUAACCUCUAAGUUGUUGUUUACCUUUGUUUUGUUGACCCAGCAGCUACGCUGCUGACGUGACGUUUCGCCGCCUGCUUCGUUCGAAGAUUCCGCGGCGGUGGCAGUUCGGUAGAACCGAACUUAAAUCUAGAAGAAGAGGAAGAAGAAACGAAAAAAUGAAGCGCGUCGAAUCCUAAUUUAAAGUACUGAAUCAUCGUCACUCACACAAAAACACAUACAUAUUUAAAUGAAAAUGGAGGAGGAGAAAUGUAAGUAAAAGCAGAAGCAGAGAGGAAAAUCGUAGAAAUUUGUUUAUAUGUAAAAUUUUUAGCGAGUAAGAUAAGCUGCAAAUAUAUACAAAGCAAGAAACCGGAGAAUUAGUAGGGAAAGAAACUAACUAAUAAAAAAUUGUAAGAAGAAAAAGCGAAAACAGUUGAGUCUCUCUCUCGAAAGGUGAAACCACUCACUCACUCACACUGAUUAAGGCACAUGGAAACACGCACAACAAUGUGUGUUUGUGCGCGGAAAGUGUGCGAAACAAACACAUACACACACAAGAGAAAGAAAGAAAGCCGGAAAUGUAAGUAGGAAAGUAUGAAUAAUUUUCUAAAGCAAGAAAUAAUAGGUCUAAACUAAACAAACAGAAAAAAAAUGUGUAUAGAGAGUUGUAUGUGUGAGAGCGAGAAGUGUCUCAAGUGCGGAAGCUCUUGGCGUGUGUACGUGUGAGACACGCUGUGCGUGCGCGUGUGUUGCUAUGGCUGUCGCAAUAGUGAAGCGAAACAAAAAAAACAGUGAUUAAUAAUCAUUAAAAAAAGAGGAAAACAAACACACAUCUAUAUAAAUAAAAACAAAAACUGAGAUAAAACAGAAAACAACUAAAUAUGAGCUAGGAGCAGUCAGACUAAGAAUCGAUGUGAGAGAUAAUUAUUACUAUUAAAAAUAUUGUACAAUUAUAAAGAAAAUGAAUGAAAAA